AUGGACCACACAGAAAGAUCAAGAAGAAAUAAGGAGGAGGACGUUCAUUACGCCGCCUUAAAGCAACGCACUUCCAACAGGCCCAGAACAGCUGCGGGCGGAACCAACACCGAACCUCUGACCUUUCUAGUGUCUUCUUGGAUCUCUCUAGUGUCUCCUUGGCCUUCCUUCCUGACAUCUGACUUCUCUGGUGUCUCCUUCGCCUUCCUCCCUGACCUCUCUGGUGUCUCCUCGGCCUUCCUCCCUGACCUCUCUGGUGUCUCCUCGGCCUUCCUCAAUGACCUCUCUGGUGUCUCCUCGGCCUUCCUCUAUGACCUCUCUGGUGUCUCCUUGGCCUUCCUCAAUGACCUCUCUGGUGUCUCCUCGGCCUUCCUCCCUGACCUCUCUGGUGUCUCCUUGGCCUUCCCCCCUGACCUCUGA